AACAAAUCUCCUGAGAGCGCGCGAAAUUGUUUCAAUUCAGUCUUCAGUGUUUAUUCUUGUGUAGUAAAAAUACGAAUAUAUUCCUUGAAAUGGCCAAAAGAACCCUUCCGCUGUGGAUGCGAGAUGCUGAUCCAUCUCCGCCACUUGCCGAAAAGAAGCAACGCAUUAUUUCAGACAGCAAACUGAACGAGACCUCCGCUAAAACAGUGGCAGAUGUGAACGCACCAAAACUAACCGACGAAUCGGACCAGGAAAACGUUCCCCGACGGAGAUUGCGUAGCAAUUUUAAAAUUCCGGACGAGGGUGGACCUAAACGAGAGCCCGAGAUAAAAAUAAACAUCGAUGAUGUUCCGUUCAUCGAGUACAGUGGAAAAAUCUGCUACUACACGGACUGGCGGGAUAUGGCUUGUGCCUGUGACCAGCUGAUACAGUGGGUUGAUAAGCAACCGUCGGAAAUGGUCAAAGUACCGAUCGCAUUCGAUCUCGAGUGGCCAUUCAACUUUCAAACCGGACCGGGACGAACGGCUUUGAUGCAACUGUGUGCGGAGAUCGAUUGCUGUUAUUUGUUUCAGAUUUCAUGUGUGAAGAAGCUACCGGCAGCGAUGCUGCAGCUUCUGCAUCAUCCGAGGGUUCAGCUUCAUGGGGUUAAUGUGAAGAAUGAUUUUCGCAAGCUGGCUCGAGAUUUUCCGGAAGCCAAUGCCGAUACGAUGAUCGGUCAGUGUGUCGAUUUGGGUCAGUGGUACAAUCAGAUUCACGGAUCGGCCGGGCUGUGGAGCAUGGAACGGCUGGUGCUGCAGGUAUGUCGUCUCCGGAUCGACAAAAAUAAGAAGGUUCGGAUGAGCAAAUGGCACGUGCUGCCACUGACCGACGAUCAGAAGAUGUAUGCCGCGGUGGAUGCUUAUAUUGGCCAGCAAAUCUACCUCAAACUGCAGGAAAAGGAACUAAAAUUGGAACAGGAGCGCCAGGAACUGGAACGUGCUAUAGAAUCUCCCUCACCCGAGCAGUAACGUUAAUUUUAUUGAAUUUACGCUUUAUUUCAAGUU